AGGAAAAAAAACAAGCAGGGUUCCACGAUUUGUGUGCUAAUCGGCGCUGCAGCCGCAAGCAGUUUAGGAUCACUGGUCAGCGUAAACUUAACUGCGGGGAGAGAAGUGGAAAGGGAGUCGCUUGUUGUCAUCGCAUCCGCUUCUUGAAUGCGUCGGAAGAGAAUGGGACUGCCGAUUGCACUACACGCCGUGGCAAGAGCAAAGGGACAGUCCACGACGCAGCGGUCAGCACCUGUUGUCUGCGCAGGCCUUGGUUGCAGCUUGCGUGCGUCCGUACAUCAGUAGGGGUGCCUGUCGGAGCAAAAUAAGCUCAGCCGCCGAUGGAGCUUCGCUCCUACGCGAGCACGAGUGAUGACUGUGGCACCAAACCGUUGCUCGACUGCCCGCUCUGCGAGACGCCGUCCGGAAUGAGAGAUGCCAGCGGUGACAGCCCGCUGUUGCCGGCAGGUGCGGCUGAACGCGGCUGGCAGCCGUGCCGACUGCUCAGUGCCAACGGACGACGCAAGAGCGUCGCGUGCUUGGUUUCCAAUGGGUAUCCCCACAUCGUAUGUUCCUCGCACACCGCCGCAAGCAAGACUACCGUCGAGCAGGUGCUCCCGGCAUUCCAAAAGGUGCAAAUACCCCACAAGUGCCAUAGUUUACCACGAAACUUCAAGUUCCGGCCGUACAAACCCAAGGUUACGCCAGUUGCUCACGUGACGCCGGCGCUGAGCCGACAGUCAUCCGAAGUGGUUGGCCCUUCAGACUUCAAGUCACGCCUAGAUACUGUAAAAGAGUGGUUCACCACAUUCAAUGAUGAUCAGAAGAAUGCCACAUUGAAAGCGCUCUUGGGGUUGUGUGGCCAGUCCCAGAAUCACCUCCUCUCCGUCCUGCUCCAACCAGUCCUGCACGAGCACUGCCCCGACAACUGCCAAGACUGGCUCAGUUCCUUACCGUCGGAUCUCCUGAUGAUCAUCUUCUCGUACUUGGACCCGGUGUCCCUGCUGCGUUGUGCCCAGGUGUGCCGUGCAUGGCGUGACGCGACACACGACUCGUACCUUUGGCAGCGCCUGUGUGCGCAGCCGCGGUGGCGCGUCAGCGCUGCCACAGAAAGCAAGCAGCUAGAGCUGCUGCGCCUGUGCGACGGCACGGUGGACUGGCGUGCCGUCUUCUGCCAGCGGUAUCGCUUGCGACGCAACUGGCUCCGUGGCAGCUGUCACGUGCGCACAUUCCACGGGCACACGCAGGCUGUCUUCUGCGUCCAGUUUGACGACACGCGCAUUGUCAGCGGUUCCUCGGACAAAACAAUCAAAGUGUGGAACAUGCGCACAAACAGCCCCUGGUCGGUGAUGACCCUCGUCGGUCACUCGGGCACGGUGCGCUGCCUUCACCUGAGUGGCAACCGGCUGGUCUCGGGCUCCAGUGACUGCACAAUAAAGGUGUGGGACUUGAGCACCGAACACUCCUGGUCCAGCAUAGCCUGCAAGGGCACCAUGGUUGGACACAUAGACACUGUGCGAUGCCUUCAAGCAGACGAACACCAAGUCGUCAGUGGUUCCUACGAUCGUACUCUCAAGGUGUGGGACAUGCAGACGGGUCUUUGUCUGCGCACGCUAGUCGGUCACGCGGGCGCGGUGCUGUGCCUGCAGUACCACGGAGACCGGCUCGUAUCUGGGUCCUGCGACCGAACCAUACGAGUCUGGCAGCUGGACACCGGUCGCCACGUGGCGACCUUUCACGGUCAUCAGGAUGCGGUCACCUGCCUUCAGUUUGACUCUAUGCAGGUGGUGAGCGGUUCCCUAGACCGCACCAUCAAGCUGUGGAGCCUGUCGAGCGGCCACUGCCUGCGCACCCUUGACUGGAUCAAGUCGGAGGGCCACACAGGCGUGGUGCGCUGCCUGCAGGCCGACCAGUGGCGCAUCGUCAGCGCCGGCGACGACCGGGCGCUCAAGGUUUGGAGUCUUGAGACGGGCCAGAGGCUCGUCACACUGCGCAACCACUCGGAUGGGGUCACCUGCCUCCAGUUCAGCGACUCCCUCAUCGUUUCGGGCUCCUACGACCAGACCGUCAAGCUGUGGGAUUUCACCGUCUGCUGAAAGGUGCUGCUGCCUCAAGCCCUGACACGCCGCCUUCACGGCGAUCGCAGGCACCUCAAACGGGCGCACCACCAUUCACAGCAGCGACUGGCGUAGGUUCUGCAUUGGCCACAACUGGGUACCGAGGAGCACUCGUGGUUAUAAUGAUAGUCACGCUGGCCCGCGCGGCCUGCUAAUUAGUUCUGCGGAAUCCCGCGAGGUCGCGAAAGGAUUAUGAAAAGAAUGAUUGACAACCACUCGUGCGUAUAGCAUGAAGGCGCCAGGAAAUUCAUACAGACCUCUCAAAAAAGAAAGCUUCUUAGCUGAAGGAAAAUUAAUCCUGGUUCUGUGAUCGAACUUGAGACCUAUGCUUUUUCCGGGCGGUCGCUCUACCAAUUGAGCUAACCAGAAUGCCAGCAAUUAGCAGUGCGAGGGCAAAUUAGUCAGCAGCUGUAAAGUUUCCUUUCUUCGAAUUCAUUCCUCGCUUUUUCUUCCUUUCUUCCACUAAGGAACUUUCAUUUCUGAGAAAUCUGUAUAAAUUUUCUUGUUGCUUUCGAAUACGAUAAGUUCGUUGUUAGUUAGCCUAUCCAUGACCUGCGCAUUGCACAUGAAAGUGUUUAGCCUGAUCCGGUUUAUGAAAACACCUUGCUUUGCAAACGUCUCAUGUUUCGCCUGGCAACGUGCCCUAUCCUGCUGUGCUGACAUCUGCAGACUAAAAGGUGACAUUUGCUGAAUCGCAAGAUAGCGGGCAAACGUUAAGAAAGCGUGAUGAUUGUAGUACAAUCGCACCCUUUCACCUCGUGAAGUAGGCGUUUGCAUGCACAGACGUCCUACCCUUGCUGUGCUGAUUUGCUUAGUACGUCUGCAUCUGCGUUCAUAGGGCUGAAAUUUCAGGCUGUGAAUGACUAGCUUGAACGAGUCACUUUUCGAGCGAAACGGUAAUUUGCCAACAGUCGUUUUGCGACGUACUUGGUUGCAUAACUUCUGGGAGUUGCUGGUGUGAACGAGCCUUAGCAGUUCAUAUUGCGUACGGGCAGGGAUGUGCAUCUUUGUUGUUUUGCAAGCGUGCAUCUUUGCUCAGUCGUUAGUAGCUCUUGUUGUCUUAUUCUACGGCAAGAUCACAUUCAACACGCUGCGCCGAGCUUUUUUCCUGUUGCAACAGCUUCAGAUCUGUUGUGUGGCUCAUAUCAAAUACCUGCCAUUGUCUUUGCUUUUAUUUGGCCUCCCGUAUUGUGUUGCACGAAAUUUGAGGAAUUCGUGUGUACGGCCGAAGUGCCGAGCUCCACGUUUGCUUAGAGGCGCCCUGCAACACUUUUCAAACGUAUUCUACAACGUGGUGAUCUGUAGUUAAGGCUCGUGUGAGCAUGCAAACGGAAUUGUGCUGCAUGCAUUAGGGAAUUGGCGAUUUAAUGUCGAAAACAGCCAAACACCUGUCCUCAGCAAUGUUGUCAUCAACUAGCCGGCAGGUGGGAGGGACAGGUAUUCACACAUUUUAUGUGUGGCAUGCCAGUGGAAGAUCUCCAAGUCCAUAUGCCAUGCAUUGUAGGUGCCACUGCUGUGCACGUUAGGACCAAAUUGUUGUGGGCAAGACAAAGGAAUUAUUGUUUUUUUUUUUUUCGGAGAAGCAGCAGCUCAAAAGGACACAAUACAGGCACACAUAAAGAGACUGGAAACACAAGUGCUGCUUUGAAACUGAUGCUGUUUGCGUCUUUUUAUAUGUGCGUAGUAUUGUGUCCUCCUGUGCUCUGCCUGUUUGAAAAUCUCGUCUCACCAACUCACCAACUAGUCCAUCAGUGCAUUCAAGUCAAAGAAAAAAAAAUAAGGAAUAGAAAAUGUUAGGAACCUUCACGUGUGGCAACACAGCAUGUGCUUGUGGUGUUGACGGGAGAGAGAAAGAGCUUCUUUUGUUCAAUAACGGCGCUUACACUUGACAGAGUAAAAAAAAUUCAUGAUGCAAUGAAUCAAAUUUGUAUGACCAUCUCCGAGAAAAGUAGUUGUAGGGCACCUUCAAGUUGUUUAGUCAUGUUUGCAUGUGUAAUGCCAGCCCGUGUGCCGUAAACAUUGGCCCACAUUCGACACCACAUUUUGUAUACUGUACCGGUGCAUUCCAGAUGACACAACUUAGUGCCAAGAUCCCGGUGAAAGAUCACCGCGAAUGGUUUUCACGUUGUUCCAGCGUGGGCUUACAUCCCAUAUCUUAUCUGUGUUGUUUAUAUACAAGGCUCUCACGCUGGAAUUUUUUUUUUUCCAGUCACCGCUGUGCACCACACAAAGCUUGCACUUUUUGGGGGUCUGUAUUUUUCAUCUUCAUUUUUCACAAAUGAGUUACCCAGCAAAGAUGCAAACCUGCUGGUAAUCCCAUCGAGGUUGUGAGUUCAUUUUUAAGCAUUUGUAGCGAUUUUGCAAGCCUAGUGCAAACUUGACGGUAUGGGAUGUUGCGUUAAUAAGGGCGCACAGUGUAGACCUCUUCAAGAGAGGCAAAGCAAUGACAAAGAUGCGUCACUGUUUGUUUGUUUGUUUACUGCCUACAACACGUGUUUUGUGUUGGUCAUUGCCGUUCUUUGUUCCAACGAGCACAUUCACUGAGAAUGGUUUAGUUGGACAAACAAACUUUCUAGCUCCUUUAUGGAAAAAGUGACCCUUGAUGUCGCAAAAUGUUUUUUUUUUUUCAGUUAAUCAGUUAAUGAUGGCAAAAAAAAAACAAGACGUGGUUCGAUGUGAUAGAUGAAUCGGUGAUCUAAGGCAUUAUACUACAAGGCUCCUUAUUGACGCCACGCUCAGUACUUGCACACUGUGUGAAAUUAUUGCACGCUAAAGGCCGCAAGUGGACCUGUAUAGUAAGGAUACUUUGCACCGUGGUUUGAGACUGAUGGUCACUUUUCUUCAGAUGAUGUCCCAUCCGUUGUAUAUAUUUAUAUAUAUAUAUAUUUAUGUAAAUGCUUUUUAAAGGAAUUGCCUUUAGGUACUUGUUAAGUAUUUGUAUUGUGUGGUAAAACUGACAUAUUAGAAAAAACUUGAACACCUAUUCUUUCUUUAUGGAUGUCAGGGUAUGGAGAUGGGUGUGCAUUUAUUUUUGGUUGUUGGCACAUUUUUUCUGGAAGAUAUUUACUCCAUAAAAUGUUGUCGUAGUUUCAUUUUUGUAGGGGAAAAAAAAGCAAAUUUCACCUUGCUGUGUUCGUUUCGUGGUUGGUUAGGAACCGAAGCACAUUAUUUAGCAGUAGCCACUUUUUAUUUUGACAUGGUGACUGCACUAUGGUAGUUUGAAAUUGUAGGGCUGCACUUCGUUAGUCAUGGUGUGUUAGGCACGGCAUAUUGAUAAUGCAACAUCGGUAAGCAUUGCAUUGCGUAUGUCUUACUAUCAAUGCGGGAUUAGUUCACUGAGGACUCAAAAAGAAUAGCUGAUGCGAUUGAUGCUCAUGGGAUUCAGGACCGCUCAGUCACUCUUGUUGCGAAAAUUUCCACAGAAGUGAGACUUAAGCAAAUGCAAGGACAGGAAUAGCACAACCACUUGAACCAACGGGCACCAACUUUGAAGUAGUGAUCCAAUGCAGUCUUGCACAGGAUUGACUAUUUCAUUCGUGCCACUUUCUUGCGCUUUAGAAGCCAACGGGUCACUGUCUGUUACAAUACAAUGCUUUUAUUGUGGUUCUCAAUAUUUUGUGUAUUUGUGUCUACGCUGUCUCUGUUAUGUUCUUGGCUAAAUUGUGACGGAUACUUCUGUUUGGCAACUCAUUCCAACAUAAGCUGUGCCAUUCAAACAGCAAAGUUCAUGCAAGUCCUCAAGUUGUGUCUUUACGUGGGAUAAAUGACCGUCGAUCGAGCAUGGUAUGAACUCACAAAGUUAAGCAAGAGCUUUAGCUCGUCAAGGCUAGCUCUGGUUUCUUUUUUCUUUAGGUGGUCAUUAAGUACAGAAUGAUCUUGUUGGGCGAGAACUGAAGCAGUUAGGUUUAACGAGAACUGAAGCAGUUAAGUUUAACAAGAAAAGCCAUAUUUGAGCUACAUUAGAAUAUUGACCGAGACCGUGAAAAAAGAUCGCAGGAAGUAACAAAUAAACAAAAAGCUAGUUCUACCAUUUGAACUGGUAUAGCGCAUUAGGGUAAAGAAUAAAUUACUGAGCAGACCAGCACUAUACCAGUUCAAGUAGGACGAACCAACGUGCCCAUUCUUCAACACUCUUCAAUGCUAUAGGUUCGGGUUGAAUGACGGAUCAUGGGAUAGGCCUUUGCCCUGCAGUGGGCGUAUUCUGGCUGACGGUGAUGAUGAUGAUGAUGGGUUCAUGAAGGAAACAAAUGUAAUAAAUUUGUAACUUCUAAUUUAUGGAAGAAUUCUUUUUGGACAGGACAAAUCUGCCAGACCAAGAGCACUUUCAAGCUAACUUGUCAUUUUAAAAAUGUAUCUAUUACAAAACCAGCAUCAACAAGCUUGUCAAUUAGCCUAAAUAGCUAAACUUAAUUUUUCUGUGGUGUAAAAAGUGAAUGGGGCACUUUACAAGACUGUGCUGGCUGUUUGUUUUUUUUUUCUGCUGAUAGUCAUAAACUGGCCAUCUCAAAUUUUCUUGUGUAUUCUCAUCUUUGCUGAUUAUAACACUUUCUGAGCAAAAGACAGAUAUAUGUUUAUUGCUGCUACAAGAAUCUUUUUUUUUUAGGGUAACAAUUUUUUUUUCAGUGCUUUUAGGUGGUUGCACAACUGGAACAUUUCUUAAUACAUGCAUGACUGAGAUGGGGAAGUCUGGGCUCGCCUUAGCUGCUGCUUGUGCUUGGGGGAGUACUGAACUAUUUCCGACUUUCUCUAUUUUGCAUUAGUAAAAGAAAAACCACACUCUCCAAGUCUUUAAAACAAAAAUAAAGAGCAAGGAUCAUAUUGUCCUGAAUUGUUUGCUUUAGAAAAUGCUUCUGCAAAUCGGUUUGUUUCUGUUAUACAGGAGGCAAGUGCAUCAUGGAGUCAUGAAGUCAUGACACACUCCAUAUGCGAUCAGUACUGCUACAAGACACGAGUGUAACCUGAAGAAAUGCGCAGUAGUAGCCAGUCUCUGUUAUUACUUAGGAUUAUAUUUAUAAGCAUCACUCUUGCCCUUAUUGCUAUGCAGUGCAAUUUUUCCAGCAUGUCGCAGUGCAGUGAUGUUGACAACACCAGGUUCAGGGUUCCAAACUGAGCUUUAUUAUCAGAAUGGAAAUCUCGCGUUUCUUGCCAUCUUCCAUACUAAGUCUCAUCCGUCAAUGUGCAAGAAGUGCUUCUCAAAUUUUUUUUAACCAAGUUCGGAAACGGGUGUCAUUACUCUUGUGAGGAAUCCUUCCUUGAAGUUCAGCAUUUGCACGGAGAUGGUUGGCAUUGGCUGGUUUGCCUUCUUCAACGCAAGGUGCUUUGUGGCGGAAGAAGCGCAUGUUGCAGCCCCAUGCAUUUCGGGAGUACAACGCCAGCAUUCCCACGUAACAGCGCCGUGUUUCUACCGAGAAUCACAAAUUGUGUGUUCAUAUUGGUGCAUUUAAGUGUUUAAAGAAAACAUUGCUUGGGAACAAGUUCUGUGUGCUAACUGGUGUCUUUGAACUUGUCGUGUUUUUUACGCCUCUUGUGUUUAUGCUCGUCGCCUCCUGCCUGUUACAUUGGGCAGGGUCACAUUGUGAGUAAGGCGAGUCCUGUUUCAAACGGUUAAAGGGACACUAAAGAGUAAAUUAGGUUGAGUCAUACUGCUGAACUACUACUGCUGCAUUACAGUAAAGGAGCUUCCCAAACCUAAGAAGUAUCAUAAAGGCAUAACGAUGAAAGACAAGUGAUACAAGUUCUACCUUAAGAGUAUCACAUCAGCUCACUUUAAAGUACAUGUAUGGCGCCGGUGAAAUUUGUAUUGAUGAAUACGGAGUACAUUGUAGUUUUUUCCGAAGUAAAACCAAACACAAAAAAUAGCAAGAUUUAAUAACUUGUGCUGAGCUGCACUGGCCAAAUCCAGACAUGCACGCAUGUACACACGCAUCGCAUGGAAAAAAGCUAGGACAUUCGGUGUCACACAUGCGAAUCAGGGCUCUCUGGUCCCUGCAUGAAGUUACAAAAAAAUGGGAGUAACGCUUUCAUUUCUUUUUCUACUUAUGAAAAUUGUAUGGGGGAAAGUAAUAGUUCCGAAAAAAAUGUUCUGGACUGCACUACUGGCCUAUUUGCAAACUGGCACGUUCAUAUAACUUAAAUAUCUGCACUGUCAUUGCAACUGAAAUGCAGUUGGUGAAAUGCUCUGCAGCUUUUUCAGGGUAGUCAUGCAUUAUAGUGUGGAUAUGUUAUCAGGCAAUACUGUGCUGAAUGCGCAUUCCUUGUGGCCCUUGCGUGAUAUCUCAUCUUGGUUGUGCAGUUGUCACUGCCCUUUAGUUUGAGCACAGAAGGCAUGAUCUGUUCGUGUUUUUAAGUUUUAUUGUGUCCAAGUGUAAUCAAAUAUGUUUGGUUUCUUGCUUGCUGUUUUAGAUGCCCUGGCAUAAUUUUCUUUUUAUGUUGUGGCCUCCCUAAGGAUUAUAUUGUGUGCAACAUUUUUUUGGCAAACUGCAGCACAUGAGGUAUCGUUUCAGGCUUAGUUAGGCAUUGGUGUAAGCUAAAACCUACAACAUACCUUCACACUUCACAUUUAGAAUGUGGACUUAGUGGAAUGUUUUGUGUUUAAAGAAUGAGAGUAGUCAUUACAAUGUCAACUAGUAGCAUAGAAUUCAGAACAGCAUAGCCAAAUUUAAAUUGUGCCAUGUUUAGAUAAACCCUGGUUAGCAAUACUUUAUUCUUUUCGUCCCACCCAGUUACACGUCUAUCAAAGUGCGUGUUCUGAUUGCAUCGUGUAUUGCAUUGAUUUUUUGUGAAUUUUUCUAUAUAAUAUAUAUAACUUUAAGAUGAAAAGACUUGCUUGUCCUGUAUUAGUGCAUUGUUCUUUUCUAAUUUCCCAUGACGGCGAGCUUGGUAUGCCAGAAAUUGUGUACAGUACACAAGGCAGCUGCUUUGAAUUUUCUACAUUAGAAAGUUCUUUGAUGAAAUAAAAGUUUUUGCAUUCCAUUCAUUGAUCACUGUGAACUGCACGGAUCUUGCCGUCGUCUGUAAUGGUCUAGAUAAAUUUUAUUAGAGACGUAGAUUACAUUCUGUUCUAAAAGAACCAACGUAAAGUUCUAGAUCCUUUUAAUGAGCCACAACACCUCAAAUGUGUGAUGAUUCAUUCGAACACAAAGCACCACACUAACUGCCACUGCUGUUUGGUUAACAACUUACUACCAUGGAAUUUAGGAAGAUCAAAGUUUCAAAAAAUAGAUUUCUCUUUAAGGUCCCUUUAGUGGAACAACAUGCCUCAGGGGCUUGCUAGGAGCACGACACAUAAAAAGCUGACGUGAAAAUGGUGCAUUUAGCUGUGUGUGUUGAAUAUGCAAAUGUGUUCUAUAUUUUUUCAAUUUUCUUCGCUCUUGGUACCAUGUGGCAUAUGUGUGUGCCCACCUGUGCAUUGCCGUCUCGAUGUUAACCAAAGUCCAGUUUCCGUCCCUCUCUUGUAUGUUCAAAGUAAGGCGCAAUUUCUUGCCUGACAAGUAGCUGCCCACUUCAUUGCGUGACAAAGCGGUGUCGCUGCACAUGUAAGAAAAUAAAAAUAUGCAAUGCACA